AUGUAGAAACCGGAAUUGCAGAGAAUUUUUAAGGACCUUGCUGCAAAAGUGCCAAAUGAAUAAAAGGAGAAAGCAGCCAUGGAAUUGUAGAGUGUCUACUACAAAUACAUUCAAUAGAGUGAUGAUUUGUUCAACAAGAUUCAAAAACUCAUUAAUAGUCCUGAGAUUCACGAGAAGUUUGGUAAUGAUGAUGAAUUAUAAAUUAAUAGGAGGGAUAUUGGCAUUGGAUUAAUUGACAACCACUGUCUAAGAGGCUCAAGUGUUAACCUUCGUAAAUAAGUUUAUUCCAAAUGUGUCAGGCUAAUUUAUCUACAAUGAUGAAAAAUUCUUAAGGAAGAGUGCAGAAGUCUUUGGAAAAUUACUCAGAUUAGGUGGAACAAAAAUAGCCCAAGUAGUAGAUUCACAUUUUGUGGAGGCACAAAAAUAAUUGAGAAGCGAAAAAUAUAAAUUAGCUGGGGUGCUUAGUUUAAAGGAAAUUUUAAAUGAGGCUGCUUCAAUCACAUUCAAUAAGUUAUUUCAAACCAUGCAAACAGAUCGCAACUUUACACUCAUUCACGGGGCCAUCAGAUCAAAAUAAUAAGCAUUACGAGAAGCAGCCCUCGAUUUAUUUAGUGAAAUUGUAAAAUAAAUUGCAUAAAGAGAAUGUAUCAAAUUCUUAAAGUUUUAUAGAAUCCUACUAAGAUUAUCUAGUGAAAAUUUAUACAGAUGAAAUUGAAUCUAGAAAAAAAUCGAAGGAGGAAGAAUACAUUCAUGGCAAUAUUAUGAUGAUAAAAAUUCUACUCACAUAUGCCAAAUAAGAUGUAAUCUCUAUCAUUAUUAUGAAAAGGUCUUUUCACAAAAUCAAAUCUAUGAUUAAGGAGAAUAUGUGCUAUCUAAAAAAGACCAUAGAUCAGCUAUUAUCAAUAAGGCAGUGAUAGAGACAUUGCCAAUCUUGGCCAAACAUGCUAAACAUAAUUCAGUCUAGGAAUUUAUGGAAUAGAGCAUAUCAUUUCUAUUAUCAUAGACAACACAAUCAAGACAUGUGAAAGAUAAAAGUCUGCCCUACAUGACUUUGGCUAUGCUCAUCUCAUUUUUAAAUGAGAAUAUGCUGCAAGAUCUCAUUAAGAAGGUUAUCUUGCAUAUUAGGUAAGAAUUACUACAAAAGAACUUUUGUGUUGAAAUGAUUCACUGUUUAUAAGUGAUAUUUUAGAAUUAUACAAGGAAGUUCUCAGAAUUCACAUCAGUUGAUGUCCUCGUAGACGUAUCAAUAUUUCAUAUUCAUUUAAGUAAAUACUCUUAAAUGGUUUACAUCCUCAGUCAGUCUAAUUUCUGAAUUAAUUAUGCAGAUAACAAUCCGGACAAUCUAAUUACAUCCAAUAAAAGCUCUUAUAAACAAUUGCAGCUAUUCUUCUGAGAAAGAUCAUCAAUUUCGUAAAUCCUAAGUAACAAAACUUUGAGAGCAGUGUCUUGAAUGACUUUUAAGGAUACUUACAAAAGGCCAUCACUACUACAGAAUUCAGAUCUCCUGAAGCCAUAGCUAAUGCUAUUCAAACACUCAGCACUUUUUCAUUUGAUUUAUAGGACAGUCUUGCAAUCUUUGUGAAGGAUGCUGUUCUACCCAAUCUUGCUAAUUCUAAUCCAAUUAUAAGGAAGGCUACUGCAAAAGCAGGAUGUCUAUUGUACAUAAAGAAGGGUAGAUCGACAGGACAGUAGAUGAUCUCUAAAAAUGUUAUGUACGAAAUCCUAGAUAAAUUUAUGAAUGUUGCCAUUUCAGACACUGAAUAGGAUAUUAGACAAACUAUGCUUGCAUCUCUAAAUGAGAAUUUUGAUCCAUAUUUAAAUUCACCUAACAAUUUGAGGAAAUUGUUUUUAUGCAUGAAUGAUCCAAUUCCAGAAGUUCAAGAAAUUGCUUUGACUAUUCUAUGUCGUCUAUCCAUUUUGAAUCCCUCAGAAAUUACCCCUUUUCUAAAGAAGACUCUAUUUGAAUAUCUAUAAACUCUGACUUUUGAUAACAAUCAACCUGAAAAGCAAACCAUUAAUAAAUUAUACUUAUUGACAUCACUAAUCAAACAUGGUCGUACUAUUGUCCAACCCUACACUAGCAAUAUAGCCAAGGUCAUUCAAUAACAUCUAAAGAAUCCCAACACCAGUGCAAUUGUAACUUCAUAUUUGCUACAGGCAUUUGCUUAGUUAACAGAAACAGCUAAUUAAGAAAUCUUAGUAAAUUUAAAGGAAGUGUUUGAUAUCAUCAUAACAGCAAUGCAAGAUAAGAGUUCGACUCUUAAAAGAGAAGCUGCUGUUAAAUCUCUAAAUUUAAUUAUAAAAAAUACAGGAUUUGUUGUACUCCCUUAUUAUCGUUUUCCCAAUCUAAUGGAUGUCAUAUUCUAGUUAAUCAGAACUGAAACUAUCCCAGAAAUGAGACAAGAAUGUUUGAAAUUACUAGGCAAUCUAGGAGCUGUAGAUUCAUUUAUUUACAAAAGUGUUUAGGGAGUGCCAACCAAACAAAAAUUCAAAUUUCUAAAAAACUAUCAAAACGCUCUCAAUUCUGUUUCAUCAAGUGAAUUAAUGAAUGAAGUUAGAGGAUAUAGUGAGGAUUUGAUACUUAUCGGUAAUUUCAGCACUAAAAUGUUUUUACAUCUUGGAAAAUUGAAAAUGCAAACUGAUUAAGAUACAUUACUUUAUCAAAAUAGUGGUGCAUUAAUAACAAAAUCAGCAACAUUGGAUGCUCAAUCUCAUUAUCAUUAAGCUAUAAAUUCAUAAGAUAUUGAAGAAUUGUUUUAAUAAGUCCCUGUAAUUUAACUUAAUGAUAUUGACUACUAUUCAAAGGUGACCCUAAAAACACUAUUACAAAUUCUGUUGGACCCAUCUUUAUCGAAUAACCAUGAAUUAGCACUUGAAACAAUUAUGUGGAUCAUAGGUACACUUAAAGCAAAGACAGCUAGUUAUUUGAACUAUCUAAUACCAGUCUUUGCUCGUUUGUUGUAAAGGAAUGAAGAAAUGAGAGAGAAAGUAUUGACAUCUUUGUAAAAAGUGAUCCAUUUAUGUGGAAUAUAAUUCAAUCCUCAAUAUAUAGAUUAAGUGAUUGCUUGUGUAAUGCUAUUUUGUUAGGGAUAAGAGUCAUCAAAGUUAGUGUUGAUAGGCUUAGAGAUUAUGGAGACAUUGAUUAAAAGUAGUAAGUAGCACUUAAGACAUAAAGUGGAACCAUUAGUCAGACUAAUAAAUUAGGAAAUCAGUCAAUUUGAAGAGGAGAAAGAUCUGGUUCGUAAAGGAAUAAAGAUAUACAUAUUGUUAGAGAAUUUACUAGACUCUUAGUUGCAUAUGUUCAUUCCAUUUAUGUGUAAGUUGUUGAGUAAGGAAGUAUCCAGUGUUUUAUUGGAAGUUAGAAAGGACAUAAUUAAUUUGUUUGUAUCUUUGUCAAGGAAAUGCCCAACUACAGUUCAAUAUUUAUCAUUGAUUGUGAACUCGUUGUUAAAUCUAGUAGAAUUAAGUGCAAAAACACCAUAGCAAUUAGAAAUGCAUCAGACAGUGUUAAAUUGCAUUGUCAACCUAAUCUUAUAACAUAAGAAUCUUAUGCUUGUGUAUUUACCGAUGAUCCAUUUGCAAGUACAGAAAUAUAAGAUACAUCAUUAAUAAUAUUAAAAAUUAGUUGAAAUCUUUUUGAUGUAUGGUAAUUUAGAAGAUUUGAAUAAUCUAUUGGAUGAGGAUUGCAAGGCCAUUGAGCAAUUAUUUCCAUCUUAGAUUACUUCCUAUUAUUCAAUUGAACCAAACGCACCUAUGUACAAGAAGAUCGAACCUGAAGAAUUAGUGGCUAAAUUUGAUACAGAAUAAAGAAAGCUAAAGGAAGAAUGGUAAGAGUGGAUGCGUAAUACAAGUGUGGAAUUAUUGAAGUUAUCUCCAUUUCUUGUAUUGAGUCCUUGCUCUUCUAUUGCUGAAAUGUAUUAAACAUUAGCGUAUGAAUUGUUCAAUAUUGCAUUCGAUUCAGCUUGGUAUUUCUUGAAUGAUAAGCACAAAGAAUUGAUGGUGUAAUAUUUGGUUAGAGUUAUUAAGGCAGAAAACAUUCCCCUCUAAAUUUCAUAAACUAUUCUAAAUUUAGCAGAAUUCAUGUAACAUGACAAAGAAGGAUUACAGAUUGAUAUUAGUUCAUUAGGUGAAUUGGCUGAAAAAUGUAUGGCAUAUGCGAAGGCUCUUUAUUAUAGAGAACAUGAAUUUGAGACUGCUAACUUAAAAGCCAUACAAUCUUUGAUAUCUCUUUAUACAAAUUUGGGAUUGCAGGAAUCUGCCAAUGGUUUAUUGACUUAUGCUAAAUAAUCCCUAAAGAUUUAGGUGUAAAAUACAGAUUAUGAGCGAUUAAAGAAAUGGGAUGAAGCCUUAUAGGAGUACAGACAAUAACAAUUGAAGUAUGAAAAUGAUCAAAGAAUGGAUUUAGCAAUUAAAUUGGUAGUUCCUAAGAUGAGAUGUUUGAAUGCUUUGAUGUAAUGGUAAACUUUGAUUAGUUAAGCUGAGGAGAUUUUUAAAAGCAAUGAAGAUGCGAAAAAAAAGGAAAUUGCUCACUUAGCUGCAAAUGCUGCUAUGCAUUUAGGGUAAUGGGACAAAUUGGCUACUUAUAAUGAGCAAGUGAAUGCUGAAGAGUUGGACAAACCAUUUUGGAAGGCCGCUGUUUGCAUAUCAAAAGAACAAUUAGAUGAAGCAAAGAUAUAAGUAAGGAAGAGUAGAGAGAGAUUGGAUGGUUUGGUGACGGGAUUAUUAUAGGAAUCAUAUGAUAGAGCUUAGGAUGGAGUAUUGAAAUUGCAAUAGUUAGUUGAAAUGGAAGAAAUUAUAGAAAUCAAACAAUUUGAAAAUAAGGUUUAGAAGGCAGCUUAAGAGAAUGUAGGUGAAUAUUCAUAUAUUAAAUUAUUGGAUGAAUUAGAAAUUCGUAAGAAGAAGCUAAAGGAUAUAUGGCAUGAUAGGUUAAGUGGGGCACCAAAGGAUAUUGAUGUCUGGUAUCGGUUGCUUUCCACCAGACAAUUAUAUUUACCAAAAGUACAUGAUCUUGACAUUUGGAUUAAAUUUGCUAAGUUAUGUUUGAAGAGAUAAAAAAUGGUUCUGUGUAAAUCUACCAUUGAAAUACUGAAAGAAUAAUUCUAGAAUUAGGGAUAGGCUCCUCUGCCUGUCACUCUUCACAUCUUCAAUAUGCAAUUUGAAUAUGUUCAUGCCAAACAUGAAAUCUAAAUUUUAGAUUAGGUUAGAGAGUACUUCACCAAUUAGGAAUAAAUCAGUUCUAUUGAUUCUAAAUUAAAAGCUAAGACUUUCUUUACUCUAGGAAAAUGGGCUUAUGAAAGAGCAGAAUCAACAAGUGAUUUAGAGUAGAUUACUAAAUAAUUCGAUGAAUCCUUGCAAUAUAAUUCCACUUAUGCUAAGGCAUGGCAUUAUUAUGGAUUAUGCAAUUUCGAAGUUAUUGAAUAAUAAGAAAAUAGAUAAUCUAUGAAUGCACAUGUAUUCGCAGCAGUCAAAGGAUUCUUGAAAUCCAUAUCCUUAGGAAGUAGAGAUAUAAAGAAGGGUAGAUACAUUCUAUAAGAUACUUUGCGUCUGUUAUCCUUGAUAUUUAAGUAUGGAAUGGAAGCUGCUAUAUCUGAUGAAUUCAGACAGAACUACAAAUAAAUAGAUGUUAUAGCUUGGAUUGAUGUCAUUCCAUAAAUACUAGCCAGAAUCCAAAUUCAAAAUCCAAUAAUUCAAUAACUAUUACAAGAUUUAUUAAUUCACAUCAGUCGCAUUCACCCUUAAGCUCUUAUAUAUCCCUUGACUGUUGCUUGCAAAUCAAAAAAUCAAAUUAAAAGGUUGUAAGUACUUAAGAUAUUGGAUGAUAUGAAAAAGCAUUCUCCAAUUCUUGUUAAUGAAGCCCUAAUAAUUAGUGAAGAACUCAAUCGUACUGCCAUAUUAUUGAAAGAAGCAUGGAGAGAAGGAAUCCAAGAGGCUUGGACAUCUUUUUCAUAAGAUAAGAAUAAAACACAUGUCGAGAGAAUUUUAAGAGGAUUACAUGAUAAUAUGAGAGUUAAACUUGAGAGUUUAAGUGAGAUCUCAUUUCAUCAAACAUAUGGAUAAGAGAUAUUUGAGGCUGAAGCUUGGUUAUAGAGGUAUUUAAGAACUGAAGAUUAAGUAUGUUUAUGUGUUGCUUUUGAUAUCUAUACGAGAAUCUAUCAUAAAGUUUAGAAGAGUUUAGAAAAAAUGAAGAAGGUUCAUCUUGAGAAUGUAUCUCCAAAAUUGCUGGCUACUUAAAAUUGUGAGAUUAGUAUUCCUGGAUUGUAUAAACCAAACAAAUAACUAAUUACAAUCAAUGGAUUUGCUCCUAGAUUAGAUGUCUUAUCAAGUAAGUAGCAUCCAAGAUAAGUUAAGAUGUUUGGAAAUGAUUCAAAGGAGUACCAUUUCUUAUUAAAAGGACAUGAGGAUUUAAGGUAAGAUGAAAGAGUGAUGUAAUUAUUUUCACUAGUAAAUCGUUUACUUACAAAUGAUACUGAAACAGAGAGGAAAGAUCUUACGAUUACAAGAUACUCUGUUAUUCCUUUAUCUCAUAAUACUGGAUUAUUAGGAUGGGUAUAGAAUUGUGAUACUUUGCAACAAUUAGUAAGAGAAUAUAGGGACAAAUAUGCAAUCAGACCCAAUGCAGAAAGCACUUUAAUGGAAUAAUUUUGUGCCUAGUAUCAAAAUCUACCCUUGCCUAACAAAGUUGAGAUUUACAGACACAUACUUGAAAAUACAAGAGGGGAGGAUUUGUAAAAGGUUUUGUGGAUAAAAUCACCCAAUUCUGAGGUUUGGCUUGAAAGGAGAAUCAAUUACACAAGAUCUUUGGCAACUAUGUCAAUGGUAGGAUAUAUUUUGGGAUUAGGAGACAGACAUCCAUCCAACUUUAUGUUGCAAAAAUUAACUGGUAAAAUUGUACAUAUAGAUUUUGGAGAUUGUUUUGGUAAUUGAUACAUGCUUAUACAUUAAUAGAAGUGGCAAUGAAGAGAGAGAAAUAUCCAGAGAGAGUCCCAUUCAGACUUACUAGAAUGUUGGUAAAAGCAAUGGAGGCUUGUGGAAUAGAAGGUGUAUAUAGACAUACUUGUAAUGUUGUAAUGAGAGUACUAAGGGAAAACAAAGAGUAUUACUAAUUCUAUGAUUUAGAUCUCUAUUGGCUGUGUUAGAUUCAUUUGUAUAUGAUCCUUUACUUACUUGGAGACUUUUGAAUGCAUAAGAUCAUAAACCUAAAAAGGAGGCUAGGAAUGUAGAUUUACACAAGUAAAUUCCACAAUAAAUGAUCAAUUAACUCAAUGAUAAGGAAAUUAACUAGGGGAAGAGUUUGAUUCAAGUCAUUCCGGAAGCUAAAAGGAGGGGCAGCAUAAUUGAUGACGGAAAACAGUAAUAAACUCUGAAGAGAAAGGAGAGUGGAAGAGAGAAGGAAAUUUAUUUUGAAUUCGCUGAUGAAGAGAGGGAAAUACCAGAUGAUUUAUAAAAUUAGAAGGGGUUAGAGGUUAUUGAGAGAAUCAAGAAAAAAUUACAAGGAAGAGAUUUCAAAGAGCAUGAAGUGUUGUCGACAGAAAGUCAAGUCAAUCAACUUAUACUAUAAGCAACUAAUCAUGAAAACAUUGCGUAGGCUUACUUGGGAUGGUGUCCAUUUUGGUGA